UAUAUCCGUUUUUUUAAAAAAUUUUGAACAUUUUUCCAAAUCCGGAUCCGAUUUAAAAGACAAAGAUACAAUUACACAUAAAAUAUCUCAGUUAUACAAACAUUUUCCUUAAUAACAGGGGUAACAAAUAGGAAUAAUGAAACAGCUAAAAACCCGAGUAUGUAACCUGUGAGGGUGAUGUAAUGAUGAUAGGAAGGGGAGGUCUGUGCUUACUAUGAAAGGUCUACUUAUUGAAAAUAGUAUGACCUUAUCUAUGGAGCUGAUAAGAGUCCUAUAAAAGGCUGGGGAUUGGCUUGUAUUUACUACAGCCCCGAGGCAAUUAGGUUAAAAAAAAAAAAAAAAAGCAUUGCCUGACAGUCUGUCUCAAGCAACUUUAGUGUUACUGACUCUUUGUGUGUGUGUGUGAGCUCUCAAAUUGCCAUUUCCAACCCUGGGAAGAUGUGGAAGACCCUGCCUUGGAUUUUGGUUCCCAUGAUGGUGGCCGUGCUGUAUUUCCUCGGAGGGGCGGAAAGUCUGCCGCUUUUUGAUGCCGGGCCGCACAUGCAGAACGGCUGGGGGGAGUCGAUCAGAAUUCGGCACCUGUAUACGGCCAGGAGGUUCGGGCACGACAGCUACUACCUCCGGAUACACGAGGAUGGCAGAGUCGAUGGUGACAGGCAACAAAGCAUGCACAGUUUAUUGGAAAUCAGAGCAAUUGCAGUUGGAAUUGUUGCCAUUAAAGGGUAUCGCAGCUCUCUGUACCUGUGCAUGGGGUCCGAGGGAAAACUCUAUGGAAUGCACAGUUACUCCCAGGAUGAUUGCUCUUUUGAAGAGGAGCUUCUCCCGGAUGGAUACAACAUGUAUAAAUCAAGGAAACAUGGCGUUGCUGUCUCCCUAAGCAAGGAGAAGCAGAAGCAACAAUACAAAGGAAAGGGCUACCUCCCGUUGUCCCAUUUCCUACCCGUGAUAAGCUGGGUGCCCAUGGAGCCCACCGGAGAUGUAGAAGAUGAUAUCUACAGGUUUCCAUUCAAUACGGACACAAAGAGUGUCAUUGACAGCCUUGAUACCCUGGGACUAAUGGAUUUUUCGAGUUAUCACAAGAAAUAGCCAAUGUGUUUAUGGACAAUGAGUGGGGGAAACAACUGAGCAGAUGAAGAUAAAGGAUAAUCAACACUAAAGUUGGUCUACUUCCCAAGCACUGGAUCAGAACAUAUCCAACCUAUAUGCUGGAGGUCCGCGCUCUUAUGAAAAAUUGUGUAAAAUAGUGAAAUCGAUAGACAGAGACUAAAGGAUAUGAGCCUGUGUGGCUCUGGACUUAAAGAGAAAUAUUACAUUAGGACAUUUUCCUACAAUUUUUGAAAACUUUCCUUCCUCCUUUUGGAAUAUUGACUUGCUUAUCAGUGUCCCAAUGGGCCCCUAUACCUUCUGGACAGAUUUCAGACAGAUGUUUUGAGGGGUAUUUGGAACUGAGAUAAGUCUGGACAUGAUGGAUUUGGUGCAUAUGUACUGCACAGGAUACAAGUGUAACAGGCUCCGGAGUCCUUUAGGAAUGUGAUCUAGAAUCAAUGAUCACUUCAAUAUUUAGUGGGAUAUGGGAAGACGGGGAAGCUAUUUUAAAAUCAGACAAAAAGGGAAAAAAAUAUGUUAUUGGACUUAAUGCUUUGGGGUUACGCUCACUUGCAGUUUGCUGUGACCAAACCAGGGCCACUAUUACACAUAGUGAAAGCACUACCAAUCUGGCAGUUGAGCCUAUUAGUGAAGGUGGCCAUACAUAGACUGCCAGCUCUGCCCCUUAAGACCGAGUCGGCAACAUACCGCUCAUGUAUAGUGCCCACUGCCGGACUAAAACUCCACAAAUAAUAACUGGUCUGGUUUGAGAAUCCUGUUGGUCGUGUGGACAUGUCCGACAGGUGCCUUUAGUCAUUGUUGACUCUGGGCCAAUUAUUGGUUCUAACCUAUCUGACCAGCAUGUCGGUGGCCAAAAUCUGCUCGCCCAUAAGUUUUCACGUGACAGACUAUGAGAUAACGUUUUCUCAUUAAACUGAAUCUGGCCCAAAAUGUCGGUAUAGUCAUAAUAAAUGUGCCGGGAGCUACUCAAUAGGUGCAAAGGGCCAUAGAUUUGCCAAAGCUUAUGCACUGUAAAAUCACCCCCCACCGUAAGUACUGACAAAUUCAUAAAAGGUUUUUAUUACAUGAAAGGCUUUUAUGAAAUUGGUUAUAUAAUGAGUAGUAGACACCCCGAUAUAUAGAAUUGUUACUGUGUAUAUAAAGAAACAUGUAUUUCUCUCAGUAAGCACUUAGUUUGAAAUGCACUAUUUAUAUAAUAUUUAUUGUAUACAAGCAUCUGCUUAUUUUGUUACUAUAUUUA